AUGUGUUCUGGGUCAGCCGACCAUUACCCUCCUACGUCUUAUGUGUUCCGGGCCAGCCGACCAUUACCCUCCCACGUCUUUUGUGCUCUGGCCCAGCCGGCCAUUACCCUCCCACGUCUUCUGUGCUCUUGGCCAGCCGACCAUUACCAUCCUACGUCUUCUGUGCUCUGGCCCAGCCGACCAUUACCCUCCUACGUCUUCUGUGCUCUGGGCAAGCCGACCAUUACCCUCCUACGUCUUCUGUGCUCUGGGCCAGCCGACCAUUACCCUCCUACGUCUUCUGUGCUCUGGGCCAGCCGACCAUUACCCUCCUACGUCUUCUGUGCUCUGGGCCAGCCGACCAUUACCCUCCUACGUCUUCUGUGCUCUGGGCCAGCCGACCAUUACCCUCCUACGUCUUCUGUGCUCUGGGCCAACCGACCAUUACCCUCCUACGUCUUCUGUGAACUGGGCCAGCCGACCAUUACCCUCCUACGUCUUCUGUGCUCUGGGCCAGCCGACCAUUACCCUCCUACGUCUUCUGUGCUCUGGGCCAGCCGACCAUUACCCUCCUACGUCUUCUGUGCUCUGGGCCAGCCGACCAUUACCCUCCUACGUCUUCUGUGCUCUGGGCCAACCGACCAUUACCCUCCUACGUCUUCUGUGAACUGGGCCAGCCGACCAUUACCCUCCUACGUCUUCUGUGCUCUGGGCCAGCCGACCAUUACCCUCCUACGUCUUCUGUGCUCUGGGUCAGCCGACCAUUACCCUCCUACGUCUUCUGUGCUCUGGGCCAGCCGACCAUUACCCUUCUACGUCUUCUGUGCUCUGGGCCAGCCGACCAUUACCCUCCUACAUGUUCUGUGCUCUGGGCCAGCCGACCAUUACCCUCCUACGUCUUCUGUGCUCUGGGCCAGCCGACCAUUACCCUCCUACGUCUUCUGUGCUCUGGGCCAGCCGACCAUUACCCUCCUACGUCUUCUGUGCUCUGGGCCAGCCGACCAUUACCCUCCUACGUCUUCUGUGCUCUGGGCCAACCGACCAUUACCCUCCUACGUCUUCUGUGAACUGGGCCAGCCGACCAUUACCCUCCUACGUCUUCUGUGCUCUGGGCCAGCCGACCAUUACCCUCCUACGUCUUCUGUGCUCUGGGUCAGCCGACCAUUACCCUCCUACGUCUUCUGUGCUCUGGGCCAGCCGACCAUUACCCUUCUACGUCUUCUGUGCUCUGGGCCAGCCGACCAUUACCCUCCUACAUCUUCUGUGCUCUGGGCCAGCCGACCAUUACCCUCCUACGUCUUCUGUGCUCUGGGCCAGCCGACCAUUACCCUCCUACGUCUUCUGUGCUCUGGGCCAGCCGACCAUUACCCUCCUACGUCUUCUGUGUUACGGGCCAGCCGACCAUUACCCUCCUACGUCUUCUCUCUUUCGGGCAAGCCGACCAUUACCCUCCUACGUCUUCUGUCUUCCGGGCCAGCCGACCAUUACCCUCCUACGUCUUCUCUCUUCCAGGCCAGCCCACCAUUACCCUCCUACCUCUUCCGUGUUCCGGGCCAGCCCACCAUUACCCUCCUACCCGACCAUUACCCUCCUCCGUCUUUUGUGCUCUGGGCCAGCCGACCAUUACCCUCUUACGUCUUCUGUGCUCUGGGCCAGCUGACCAUUACCCUCCUACGUCUUCUGUGUUCUGGGCCAGCCGACCAUUACCCUCCUACGUCUUCUGUGUUCGGGGCCAGCCGACCAUUACCCUCCUACGUCUUCUGUGCUCCGGGCCAGCCGACCAUUACCCUCCUACGUCUUUUGUGCUCUGGGCCAGCCGACCAUUACCCUCCUACAUCUUUUGUGCUCUCGGCCAGCCGACCAUUACCCUCCUACGUCUUUUGUGCUCUCGGCCAGCCGACCAUUACCCUCCUACGUCUUCUGUGCUCUCGGCCAGCCGACCAUUACCCUCCUACGUCUUCUGUGCUCAGGGCCAGCCGACCAUUACCCUCCUACGUCUUCUAUGCUCUGGGCCAGCCGACCAUUACCCUCCUACGUCUUCUGUGUUACGAGCCAGCCGACCAUUACCCUCCUACGUCUUCUCUCUUUCGGGCAAGCCGACCAUUACCCUCCUACGUCUUCUCUCUUCCGGGCAAGCCGACCAUUACCCUCCUACGUCUUCUCUCUUCCGGGCCAGCCGACCAUUACCCUCCUACCUCUUCCGUGUUCCGGGCCAGCCCACCAUUACCCUCCUACCUCUUCUGUGUUCUUGGCCAGCCCACCAUUACCCUCCUACCUCUUCUGUAUUCUGGGCCAGCCCACCAUUACCCUCCUACCUCUUCUGUGUUCGGGGCCAGCCCACCAUUUCCCUCCUACCUCUUCUGUGUUCUGGGCCAGCCCGCCAUUACCCUCCUACCUGACCAUUACCCUCCUACGUCUUCUGUGUUCCGGGCCAGCCGACCAUUACCCUCCUACGUCUUCUGUGUUCGGGGCCAGCCGACCAUUACCCUCCUACGUCUUCUGUGCUCCGGGCCAGCCGACCAUUACCCUCCUACGUCUUCUGUGCUCUGGGCCAGCCGACCAUUACCCUCCUACGUCUUCUGUGCUCCGGGCCAGCCGACCAUUACCCUCCUACGUCUUUUGUGCUCUGGGCCAGCCGACCAUUACCCUCCUACGUCUUCUGUGCUCUCGGCCAGCCGACCAUUACCCUCCUACGUCUUCUGUGCUCUCGGCCAGCCGACCAUUACCCUCCUACGUCUUCUGUGCUCAGGGCCAGCCGACCAUUACCCUCCUACGUCUUCUGUGCUCUGGGCCAGCCGACCAUUACCCUCCUACGUCUUCUGUGCUCUGGACCAGCCGACCAUUACCCUCCUACGUCUUCUGUGCUCUGGGCCAGGCGACUAUUACCCUCCUACGUCUUCUGUGCUCUGA